GAUUCAAACAUGGCCGAAGAGGUUAUUGAUCCUGGAAUUGAAACUGAAUAUGAAGAAGUGGAUGAGAUUUGUUAUUGCAAUGGCCUUAAGGGAAGCAAUAUGGUGCAGUGUGUUCUAUGUCGUCGACUGUUUCAUUUGGAUUGCCUAAAGAGUGGAAAACCUAGCACGCUUGUGGGUGAUGUAUUCUUUGAUCUCACCUGUGCAUCUUGUUCUACUGAUGGCUCAGAGAAUUGCACCAGACAACAUUUAAGCUGGCUGCAAGCUGUGUACUUGACUUUGUACAAUCUGUAUUCUACAAGUAGAGGAAGGAAAGGUUACUUUAGAUGGAGAGAAGACAUCUGCUACUUCAUUGACAAACAUUGGCUGCUUUUGUUCCCCAAAAAAAAAAAGAAGAAUACUUGGAAUAGCACAGUUGCUGGCAUUUUGUCUUCAGGAUGCCCUGAGUUUUUCAAGUCAGGACAGAAGGAGUUCAAUAAGGAAACUGGUUGGUGGGGAUUACAAGAGAACAUUGCUCCAUCAAUUAAACUGGCUGGAACAGGCAGUGGUAGUACACGUAAAAGGAGAGGAGGUGCUGGUAUUGCCACAGGGUAUGGUGCACAAGACAAGGACUCUCCUUUGAAUACUGAGAAGUCCCCAAGGAUUACAGCACAACCUUUGUGUGCUGAUGAAAAUGUCACUGAGCCAUCAUUAUCUGAGCAUAAAAGUCCGUGUGAUGAUCUCAUGUCCCAGUUAUUAUCUGAGGAGGAUAUGCAGGAACUUGCAGAACCUACACCAGAGAUGGACACGUUCUCGAGUCUCUUCGCGGCAAAUUAUGAAGACAUGGACGACACUUCUUCACUUUUCACUGGUGAAGAAGAAAAAUCAGAUUAAAAGAUCCAAGGGAUUGAAAUUAUUCGAUCUUGACAGGACGGUUUCAGAUGCCGUGACGUCCACCUUAAGAUAUCAGUUGACUUCUGAUGGUGUUAUCCCUGUUGAGAAUCGCGAAAUUGUGCCUUUAGUCCCAGAAGAUAACUCGCAAGGAAAGCUUCACAGACAGAGAAUUCUAAACAAGUCGAAGUCGUCUUCCCUUGGAACAACGGAAAAUGUCCUUGAUAGGUUUUUGGCGGCUCCCCGCAUGCUUCCCGGCUCUCGUCCAAGGACUUGCUCGUUCUUAACGCGGCUGAUUGGCGGGGAUUCUCAAACACUGUACAGACCCAUCACCAGUCCUUACACAUACAGAAUACUUAAGCCGUUCAUCAGACGAGAUUACGAGAGCAGGCCAUUGAAAUUAAAACUGCUGCAAGAGAUUAUCGCUUAUAGCCAUAG